AUGAAUGAGAUCGCCAGGUUCACGCCUUCCAUCAAUGCAAUAAUCUACCAUGGAGAUAAGAAAAAAAGGGAUGAGCUCAGGAGGAAGCACAUGCCCAAAACUGUUGGUCCGAAGUUCCCCAUAGUCAUCACUUCUUAUGAGGUUGCUAUGAAUGAUGCUAGAAAAAAUCUGCGGCACUAUCCAUGGAAAUAUGUUGUGAUUGAUGAGGGCCACAGGUUGAAGAACCACCAAUGUAAAUUGCUGAGGGAACUUAAACACAUGAAGAUGGAGAACAAACUUCUGCUGACAGGAACACCUCUGCAAAAUAAUUUGUCUGAGCUUUGGUCCCUGUUGAAUUUUAUUCUGCCUGACAUCUUUGCAUCACAUGACGAAUUUGAAUCCUGGUUUGAUUUUUCUGAAAAGAACAAAAGUGAAGCAAGUAAGGAAGAAGGAGAAGAGAAAAGAAGAGCUCAAGUUGUUGCGAAACUUCAUAAUAUACUACGACCUUUCAUCCUCCGAAGAAUGAAAUGUGAUGUUGAGCUCUUACUUCCGAGGAAAAAGGAGAUUAUUAUUUAUGCUACAAUGACGGAUCAUCAGAAAAAUUUCCAGGAUCAUCUUGUGAAUCGCACGUUGGAGGCACACCUUGGCGAGAAUGCUAUCCCAGGUCAAGGCUGGAAGGGAAAGCUUAACAAUCUGGUUAUUCAACUUCGGAAGAACUGCAACCAUCCUGACCUUCUUGCGGGGCAAAUAGAUGGUUCAUAUUUCUACCCUCCAAUUGAAGACAUUGUUGGACAGUGCGGUAAAUUCCGCUUAUUGGAGAGAUUGCUUGUUCGGUUAUUUGCCAAAAAUCACAAAGUCCUAGUCUUCACCCAAUGGACAAAAAUUCUGGACAUUAUGGAUUACUACUUCAGUGAGAAGGGGUUUGAGGUUUGCAGAAUCGAUGGCAAUGUGAAACUGGAUGAAAGGAGAAGACAGAUUGACGAAUUCAAUGAUGAAAAGAGCAGCUGUAGAAUAUUUCUUCUCAGUACCAGAGCUGGAGGACUCGGGAUUAAUCUUACUGCUGCUGAUACAUGUAUCCUCUACGACAGCGAUUGGAACCCUCAAAUGGACUUGCAAGCCAUGGACAGAUGCCACAGAAUUGGUCAGACAAAACCUGUUCAUGUUUACAGGCUUGCGACGGCUCAGUCAGUAGAGGGCCGAGUUCUGAAACGAGCGUACAGUAAGCUUAAGCUGGAACAUGUGGUUAUUGGCAAAGGGCAGUUUCAUCAAGAACGUGCCAAGUCUUCAAUACCCCUAGAGGAAGAGGACAUACUGGCAUUGCUUAAGGACGAUGAAACUGCUGAAGAUAAGCUGAUACAAACCGAUAUAAGUGAGGAGGAUCUUGACCGGUUGCUUGACAGGAGUGACCUGAUGAUUACUUCACCAGGAGAGACAGAACCAGAAGCUGGUGAAGCUUUUCCAGUGAAGGGUCCAGGUUGGGAAGUGGUGCUGCCUAGUUCAGCUGGAGGGAUGCUGUCUUCCCUCAACAGUUAGGACCUCGCAUUGAAAACCACUUCGGUGUGUUUUAUUUUUCCGGAACAUGACCGGUUACUUUUGCCUGAAAGGGCUUUGGUCAUUAGAGACAUCGGAAGUUUUUGUAAGUUCAGUAGACACUUGGAAACCUUUGGAAACAUGAGAGUAAGGGAGUGGUGUUUUACGAGGCUCUCAUGUGAUUAAAAACAAUUGGCCUUCUGCUUUUGUGGAUAUUUUAUUUUUAUUUGGCAGUUGCAAGCUUUUAGAGAAGUUUAGAACA